AUGCGCGACACCCCUGCGCCAAUUGUCUUUGAAUACACCCUCAACGUGGUUGGCCGGCCCAUUGUGGAGAACUGCCUGAAUGGCUACAACAGCUCUGUGCUGGCAUAUGGCCAGACUGGCAGUGGCAAGACCUUCACUAUGCUGGGCCAGAUCCCAACCAGGGCAGAGGAGAUGCCCGAGCAGGCAGGACUCAUCCCUCGGAUGUUCCAGUACCUGUUCGACCGCAUCAAGCAGCUGGAGAGCAUUAAGAGGGAGGGGCGGGAGGUGUGCUUCCUGUGCAAAGUGAGCUGCUUGGAGAUCUACCAGGAGGUGAUUACAGACCUGCUGUGUCCCGAGCGCACACGGCUGCAGCUGCGUGAGGACCUGCGCCAGGGCAUCUACGUGGAUGACCUGUCCGAGGAGGUCGUCAAUGACGGAGAGGACGUGGUGCGGCUGCUGAGGCAGGGGACGGCCAACCGGCACACCGGGGGCACGCGCACCAACGCGCUGUCCUCGCGCUCGCACUGUGUCUUCACCUGCGUCGUGGAGUCGCAGACCGUGGAAGACGGCGUCACCUCCAUCCGCACCUCUCGGCUCCACCUCGUUGACCUGGCCGGGAGCGAGAGGCAGAAGGUUGCAGAGUCGGAGGGCGAGCGGCUGAAGGAAGCCUCCUCCAUCAACCGCUCCCUCAGCACGCUGGGCCUGGUCAUCAACAAGCUGGCUGGGGCGCACAGGCAGCCCGCCCACGUCCCCUACCGAGACUCCAGGCUCACCUUCCUGCUGCAGGACUCGCUUGGGGGCAACGCGAAGACUGUGAUCAUCGCAAACGUGAGCCCGGGCGCGGGGUGCGCGCGGGAGACGCAGUCCACGCUGGGAUUCGCUCAGAGGGCCAAACAGAUUGUGAACAAGGCGCGCGUGAACGAGGACACGCGCGGCGAGGCGGCCCUGCUGACGCGCGAGAACGAGCGGCUUCGGCGGGAGCUGCAGCUUCUCAGCGACACCUACCAGGCCCUGCGCCAGGUCAGACUCCUUGACUAA